AUGGUGGUAGAACAUGUUAGUGUGAGAUCAGGUGGUGUAGAAUCUGAAUCACAGCACGACGGUUUAUCUCAGUUAUCCGGAACCAGGGGAGAGGUGGUGGUCCAGAAACCUAACAAAACAUUAUAUUUUUCAUCAGUGGAGAGGGAAGACUCCAGAGGGAGUCCGUACUAUGGGCAGAGACGGAUAUCAUACCAAGACUUCCUUAACCAGCAUUUUGUUUCUUUUCAGCCAUCAGUAGAUCUGACAAAACUUCGGUCGAACUGGAGAGCAGACGCCCGUAUCAUUCCAAACGCCAGCAACAAGAAACGCUAUUUAACGAUUGGCAUACCGACAGUGAAGCGAGAGAAGGAUGAGUAUAUUUUGAGUACCGUCCAGUCCAUCGUGAACUGCACGCGGAAGGAGGAACUACAGGAGAUCUACAUCGUUGUCUUCCUUGCCGAUUUUGACGAGGACUGGAAGGCCAACAUCAGUAAACAUCUGCGACAGCAGUUUGGCGAUAUCAUUUCCAUGGGAACGCUGCACGUGAUCCAAGCAUGGGAUUCAUUUUAUCCGCCAUUGGAUAAUUUAAAACAUACAUUUGUCGACCCAGAGACUAAAAAGAAAUGGCGGGCUAAACAAAAUGUCGACUACGCGUUUUUGUUUCUGUAUAGUCAGGUUCUUGCCACGUACUAUAUACAAAUGGAGGAUGAUACAUAUACCGUACCGGGUUAUUUUAAAGUUAUAAAAGACUACGUCAAGAAGUUCAAAGAGCGCUGGGUGUGUUUAGAAUUCUCCGAAUUAGGAUUCAUUGGAAAAUUAUACCACUCCGAGGACAUCGACAAACUGGCCAAAAUGGUCUUGUUGUUUUACGCACAGCAACCGUGUGACGUCACGUAUUUGAAUUUCAAUGUUCAGAUGUUGCAGUUUAAGCGACACAUUCGUCGGCCGACGAUAUUUGAACAUGUUGGCUAUCAUUCGUCACUUCCGGGGAAAAUACAACCCCUUAAGGAUCGUUUCUUUGAGGAACAUCAAAAAUCGAUAAAGGGUGACAACCCACUCGCGAAAUUGUACACCAGUUUGCCAUUUGAGGGAUAUUUCAACCCUGACAAAGCCUACCGUAGAGAGGAAGGAAUUUUCUGGAGUUCUAAAAAUGGCCGAGCAAACGAUUGGUUCUCCGUGGUAUUCGAUGAACCUCAGUUGUUAAGCAAAAUAGUUAUCCAUACCGGAAUAAAAUCUCACCCUGGUGAUAAAAUGCAUUUUGCAAAACUGGAGGCAAGUCUUGCGUCGACGCCCAGGGGCCCCGGCAAACCCGAGUGUAGCCGGAAUAAACUGCUGGGGUAUUUUGAAGAUGGCGACAUAGAACUGAAUGAAGUUCGGUCUAUCACAGGAGAAGAAAAAAAUCACUGUUUGAAUAUCAUCAUCACCAACAAACAGGAAACUUGGUUGAUAGUUAGGGAGAUAGCGGUGUUUACUGUACACCACGAAAUCAAGCAGACAACAAAAAAUCUGGGUGAUAGUUAGGGAGAUAGCGGUGUUUACUGCACAACACGAAAUCAAAAAGACGUCUUAAGCAUUGCAGAAUGUGUUAUCCUGAGCACAAAACAAAA